AUGGUUCUCAAGAAGUUGAUCUCCUUCUUCUCUAAUUUAAUCGUCCCAGGAGGGCAGCCCAGAAGUACUAAAGCAGUGCCAUCCUACGAACUGAUCGCAUCCGAUGUUCAACAGAAGGCCAAGGCUGGUGCUUCAAGCUCUCUGGGCUCGACAAGCUUGGCCGAAGAUAAUGAAAGUGAGCUGUGUUGCGUGUGUUUGUCGGGGGUGAAUGAAGGAGCUAGAGAGGACUGCCAUGUUCUUCCUUGCUUGCAUAAGUUUCAUGGGGCGUGCAUAAAUAGAUGGCUCAGUGGAUGCUCAAAGACUUGUCCCAUGUGCCGGUUUUCGGUGAAAAAUGAAGAUGACAAGUUUCGCUUCAGGGACGAGCUUACUGAGGAGAUGGUGAUCUGGUUUUCUUCCUUCCAUGUUGCUGGCUUUUAA